UGAAGCAAGACGCGUGCUAAGCCCCAACCAGAAGGAUAGUAAUUGAUUUUCAUCCUUAUUAACAGUAGUGUACGAUCUUAAUUGCUUUGUGGCUAUAUUUCUCUUACGACCACUGUUAAGUUGUGCAUUUGAAGUUGUGUACAGUAUACGCAAAAAACUAAGAUAAAAUGCAGAGAACUCCGGAACCGGAACACCAGGUAAAAUACUCAUCAUACCCAAACCUUACUAUUGAACCGGAAGCUGGCAAUAGCUUCGUCAGAAACAUUAAUUUGAGGAAAAGGAAAACCAACCCAGAGGAGACCCAAUUCGAAGAAAUGAAAUCUGCACUUAUGGAAUCCUUCAAGGAAAUGAUGAACUCUGAGAUGGCUGAGAUAAAAAACCAGAAUCUUAAGAUUCUUGAAACUAACAAUGAGAUGAUAAAACUGCUGCAGAUAAAUGCCACUAGUUAUAAAGAAAUAACUGGAAGAGUAGAAGCCCUUGAAACGAAACAUGAGACAGCUAUGAAACGUAUUAGUGACCUGGAAGCACAACUGAAUAGUAUUCAAAAGAAGAUGAACAGCAAUAUGGUUGAAAUAAGAAAUGUUCCCAGGGCGGAUGGAGAAGAUUUGAAGGAAAUUGUGACUAACAUCUGUACUUCAAUAAAAACCCAGCCGAUAAAUAAUGCCAAUAUAUACAGAAGAGGUAAAAACAAUGCACCCAUAAUUAUAGAAUAUAAAGAAUCUAAAGAAAGGGACAUACUACUAAAAGCCUUCAAGAAAUAUAAUGGCGAUAAUAAGGACAAUCCCCUAAAUACUGAGAGUGUGGGUUAUGCAUUGAACAAUGUGUAUGACCACAGGGUCAUCGGUCGUUAUAAAAGCAGGCGGAGGCUCGACUGGGGCGAGUGCGUCCGCGGCGCCGCCGGGUCAUCAUGCUCCAAGACGGUUGAUGGUUCAUAA